AUGCUUGCGAUUGACUUGGCCAUGGAGAUCGAUGUGGGUGGUGGACCUCUGGUGUCAAUUUUCGAGAGCGACCAACCAGGCAUGUUGGACCGCUCAGGCAAGGCUUCUUUGUCCGGGUUAUCGAUGAACAAGACUCCACAAUCAGAGUAUUAUUUGGAGGAUGAGACCAUUUUCUACAAUCUGGGCAAGUGCUCUCGGACAAAGAACCCAGGACGUGUUCCGAUGCUGCUGCUGCAUCGUGAUGAUGGUGCAUGUGUACCGUUCAUCCACACUACUACAAAGCUUCUAUUGGUGCAACAACAAUGCCGAAUCGGCAGUUGA